AAGCCUUCUCAGUCUGUGUGAACUUGUUAAUAGUUAGCCGGAGAGGAAGAGUUCACUGUCCAAGUUACGUAGUAGUACUGAUGAGGACAUUAUAGAUUCGAAAGCUUCCUUUUUGGUGUCCAAAACACUCUGGAUACUACAGGGAUGGACCGACUGCUAAAUAAAUUUCGAAUCAGGAGUAGCCUUGCCAGAGAGUGUUUGGCUGAGUGUUUGGGGGUCUACAUCAUGAUUCUGUUUGGAUGUGGCUCCGUUGCCCAGGUAACGACAUCUGAGAACAGUAAAGGUCACUACCUGUCAAUCAAUCUGGGUUUCGCUCUGGGAACCACCUUUGGAGUCUAUGUUUCCCGUGGGGUGUCAGGUGCUCACCUGAACCCUGCAGUGUCUCUCAGCCUCUGCUUUCUGGGCAGGCAUCCUUGGACACGCCUGCCUUUCUACGUCUUGUUCCAGAUACUGGGGGCCUUUAUGGCUGCUGCCACCGUAGCCCUGCAGUACUAUGAUGCUAUACAGUUAUACAGUGGUGGUCACCUGACCGUGAGCGGUCCCAAAGCCACAGCAGGCAUCUUCUCCACGUACCCUGCUGACUACCUGAGCCUGUGGGGGGGCAUCAUUGACCAGGUGGUAGGCACGGCUGCUCUCAUGGUGUGUAUCCUGGCUCUGGGGGACGGCAGGAACAGCCCGGCACCUGCAGGUCUGGAGCCGGUGCUGGUGGGGGCGGUGGUGUUGGUGAUCGGAGUCUCCAUGGGCUCCAACAGCGGCUAUGCCCUGAACCCAGCCAGAGACAUCGGGCCUAGACUGUUUACAUACAUCGCUGGCUGGGGGGACGAGGUGUUUAGGGUGGGACGUAGUUGGUGGUGGGUGCCUUUAGUGGCCACUUGUGCCGGCGCUCUGGUAGGCACAUUGAUCUACGAGCUCCUCAUUGAGGUCCACCAUCCAGAGAAGGGGCUCAUCUCGGAGUCCUCAGCCCAGCGACAGGCCACUGAGAGCAGGCAGGCAGUGGAGCUGGUACAUCCAGAAAAAUUUAAUCCCUAAGGAUGGACUUGAUGGAGCCAUCAUGUGAAAGGGGAGGAUCCAGUAGUGGGAUUUGGGAUUUUAAACAGUUAUAUCCUAAAGGACUAUAGUGUCUUGCAAAGGGUGUAAUCUUAAUGUCUGUGUCACGAUUAUGAACAGAGGAAUGAGGUAUUUCUGUAUAAAAUACUGUAGUUGUACAUAAUGUAAACUUGCCUAAAUUAAUUAAUACUAUCCCUAAACAGUUCUAUAAAGUUCCUUCAAUGACUGGACAGAAAUAAAGACUUGAUAAAGCAAAGUA